AUGUUUGUUGCAUGCUUGCGAGCUUUUAUUUCUGUCUUGCGUGUUCUUGCAAAGCACGAGGCCCAGCCUCCGGAGGCACAGACACUGCGUUUCGGCGUCGGGGACCGCGUCGAGUGUAACAUUGACGGCUUCCAGACUGGGACAGUGGUGAAACUCAACUACCACGAUCCUGGCUGGCCAGAGGAGAGAACAGUACCCUACCAGGUGAGGUUGGACAGUGGGGUGACCAUUUUUGCCACCAAAGAUUGCGAUGAGUGCAUACGCGAAGCUGAAGGAAUACUGGCACGUGGGAAGAUCCCUGUGACUGUGCUGACUGGAUUCCUCGGCGCAGGGAAGACUACCCUCUUGAACUAUAUUUUGCGAACGCAGCAUGGGAAGAAGUACGCGGUGAUUGAGAACGAGUUUGGCGAUGCAGCCAUUGAUGAAAUGCUCCUAGACCAAGGCGUGGGCGUGCAGUCCACGGUGGAGUCUGUGACCGUGCUCGACAAUGGCUGCCUCUGCUGCACGUUGCGUGAUGACUUGGUGGCAGCCAUUCGCAACAUCAUCUCAACCUUGGAGGAGCGGCUCGCUUCCGAUCCAGACGCGAUGAUCGACGGCAUUAUCAUCGAGCUAUGUGCUCUCGGCCAUCUACCCUGCACCAGAUAA